AUGGCUGAAGUGAGGAAAUAUCACCUGUCUCCUACGGAUCUCAUUCCCAACUCACCGAGACCACUACUCCACUACAAGAAUGUCCUAGCCAAGCAGAAUAACUCGCACUGCGACCCUGUCGAUGUGUGGGAUAUGUUUACAAAGAAUGAAUGGAACGUACACUGGAUAUUCCGCUACAAUCCUACCCAAGUAUCUCAUUACCAUUCCCAAGCACACGAAGGUAUGGCCGUUCUUUCUGGCACUGCCAGUAUCCGAUUUGGUGUGGCGGACACCUCACCAGACAUGGAAGAGAAUACACACGGCUCCGCAUGGGAGGAAGGUGGUGUUCUACUAGAGGCGGAAGCUGGUGAUGUAUUCAUUAUACCAGCCGGCGUGGCACAUAAGACACACAACACUAAGCCGGAAGCUGAGUUUGCUCUUUUGUCACCGGGAACAGGCCACGGUAUCAGGGCCGAGGAUAAGAACGCUUUGUCCGAGAUUAAACUGGACGGAUUUACUAUGAUGGGGGCUUACAGCGGGGGUGACUGGGAUUUUGUUGCAACCGGAGGUGAUUUUGAAAAAGUGUGGUCUGUUCCGAAGCCAAAGUACGACCCUGUUUUUGGAGAUUCGGAGCGAGGGCUUUGCAAGACAUGGCGAGGAAGUAAUACUGAGUCCAAGAGCCAAUUGUAA